AUGAAUUCUAGCAAUUCUUAAACUUAACAAGAGAUUAGCUAAGAUCAGAAUGAUGAUCCUGAAGAAUAGAAGGAUCAAAUCGUUGAAGAAAGUCCUAAAGGAAGAUUUAUUCGAUUUAAUGAAGAGCUUGGAUUUGGUGCAUACAAAACAGUAUAUAAAGGAUACGACAAUGAUUCAGGCUGCGAAAUCGCUUGGAACGUAAUUAAGCUGCAAAGACUGCCAUAAUAGGAAAGAAAACGCAUUUCAGAGGAAAUUUCGCUCUUAAAGAAUCUUCGACAUAAAAACAUUAUAAACUUUAUUAAUGCUUGGAUGAAUAAAGCUAAAAAUGAAAUAAUUUUUAUCACAGAGUGCCUUAGUGGUGGAUCUCUAAAAAAGUAUUUGAAUAGAAUCAAAAAGCCAAGAUUAAAAAUUAUAAAGCAGUGGUGCAAGCAAAUUUUGUCAGGUUUACAGUACUUGCAUGAAUAAGAACCACACCCUAUCAUUCACAGAGAUAUCAAAUGUGAAAAUAUAUUUGUUAAUACUGUCAAUAAUGAAAUAAGAAUAGGAGAUUUAGGAUUAGCUCUUACUUUGAAAUCUGAUUUUACAACUAGUGUUUUAGGUACACCCGAAUUUAUGGCUCCUGAAAUUUAUGAAGAAAAAUAUGGCACUGCUGUUGAUAUUUAUGCUUUUGGUAUGUGUCUUUUGGAAAUGGCAACUUUACAAAUACCUUAUAGAGAGUGCACCUCAGCAGCUCAAGUCUAUAAGAAGGUCUCACAAGGAUUGCUUCCAAAUAGUCUGCAACUCAUUUAGAAUGAUUCAUUAAAAUAAUUUAUAUUAAAAUGCAUAUAAAGAUCUGAAAAUAGACCAAGCGCUGCUUAGUUACUUUAAGAUGAUUUUUUUAAAGAAUCAGAAAUAGAUAAUUAACCUAUUUAACUAGCUUCAGAUCGAAUACCUCAGUCACUUGGGAAUUCAAAUGAUUCUCCACAGACAAAUCAUUAGCAAUAAAGCUUUUAGCAAAACCAAGAUUAGCAUAGUUAAGUUUAAAGUAGUAAUUUUAAAAAAACAAGUGAUUUUGAAUCACCUAUUCAUUAAGUAUCAUAAAAAUAAGAUAACAAUUCAUCUUCCUCAGCUUCUAAAUCUUCUCACUCAAAAUAACAUAGAGGCUCAAAUCAAGCAUCACCUGCACAAUCAUAGAAUUCCUCUUAAUCAUCAGAAAAACCAGCACAGUAAAAUCUUACUUAAAAUUAGAGCUCCAUCCCAAAACAUGAGUCUUAAAACUCAUUAUCUUCAAUUGGCUAAAAUCAAACUAACUCAGUUUAGUCUUCAUUUCAUGAUUAAGAUGCAAACUCUAAAAAAUUAUUAACUACUACCGAUGGACUUACUUCUAAAAAUGGUUAAAAUGAUUCAAAUAUGGAACAAAGUAUUACUUAAAUUCCUAGUGAAGAACGCCAGGUAAAGGUUAAUAAAUAACAAUCCUCUGAAUCAUAUUAUGAUUAAGCAAUUCCAAAUGGGCUUUAGAAUACAAAAUAAUACUCUAAAGAUAGUUAAACGUCACAAAUUACUCAAAUAGAAAUAAAAAAUAAAUCACAGGAAGUAGAGGAUAAAAUUAAUACACCAAGCUAGGUAUAAGAUUUAGAUAGUUUAAAUAUAAAAGCAACACCUUAAAUUACAGAAAAAAGCAAUUCAGAUUAAGUGUAAAAUGAACAAACUACAGCGUUGGAAGAAAAUAAAGAAUAACUAUUAUAAGCUAAUUAAAAUGAACACCUAAAUUAAGAAUCUUAGCAAUAAGUUAAUUAAGAAUAAAAUAUUUAAAAAGAUGAUAAAUAAAAUUCACAUGAGGAACAUAACGAUGAUGAAAAUGAUAAUUUGAAACAAAAAUAUUACAUGAAUAAAAAUAUAAUCUUUACAAAUAAUAAUGGUAUGAUUACUUAAAUUCUUCCUGCUCCAGAGAAAAGGCUAGAUGAAGAAUUCAAAAUGAGGAAAAUAACUGAAGAUUCUAAAGAAAUCUAAGAAGAAGAUCGCCUAUAUGAUAAUAAUAUUUAAAGUAGAGUGUAAAAUAAUGAUUCAAUUUCUUUCUAUAAUUAGGGAGGGAAAAAUUCUGAAAAUAUCUCCUUCAGCUAAAUAAAUGCUUCAAAUGCUAAAGAAGUAGUUGAAGAUUUUAGUUUUGAUAAAUAAACUAAAACUCAAAUUAUUGAUAAGAAAUUAGAGCAAUAAGAAGAAUAAAAAUAGACCUAAAAUAGUUAAGUUUUAAUCAUAGAUUCUGCAUAGAAUAGAAGAGAUAUUUAAAGUGCUGAUUUUUCAUAAUCCCCAAAUUAUCAUACUAAAAAAUCAGAAGGAAAUAACACGCCUAUAACUCCAAUUGUGAAUAACAUCCUCUAUGCUUUUAAAAAUCCUCAAAGCGAUGAAAAGCAUAAAUUGAUUAGAUAAAAGAGUAAAAGCGGAGAAGAUUUUUAUGUCUAAAAAUUAUAGAAUAUUUAAAACGAAGAUAUUUAAGUUAGCUAUUCUGAAAAUUUAUCUAUGAACGGUUUAUAAAACAAUCAGUAAGAAUACAGUAAGCCAAGCAAGGGUUAAUCACCUAAAAAAAUAUAAGAUUAAUUAACUAAUGAUUAACAAUAUGAAAGAAUUUUAAGAAGAGAAAAUGACAUGAAUAACUCUUAAAAAAAUGAAAACCUAAAUAGCUAAAACAAUCUUCAAAAUAUUGGAGGGGUUGAGCACUCUGAGUUUAUCUCUAAUCAAGAAAGUGGAGCAUCAUUGGAUAAAUAUAGCAAUAAGAGUUUAGAGAAUACAAACAAUGAUUCAAACAAAAGAGCUAGUCCUUCAAAUGGAGUUGUAUACUAUGAUGAUUUAGCUAACUAAUUUACUAUGCAAAAUGAUCAUUCUGAUAUUUACUCCAAUCAUGAAUAUCAGCAAGAUUACUCUAAGUAACCAAGUAUGGUAGAAAUUCAAUAAUAUUAAGAUUAGGAGUCUAAUGAUGUACCACCAUACUCUCUUACAGUACUUGAGGAAAAAGAGCUAAAAAAUUAGAAAUUCUUAAUUAAAUUUAAAUUUUAACACUUUAAUAGAAUGUAAACAUUCGAAAUCGAUAAUACUCAUGAAGACUUCAGCGAAUAAAGUAUAUUUGCAUUUGCUCAAAUAAAGGCAGCUGAAUUAGAGAUAGUUGAUCUUGAAGAAUAAUUUGCUUAUGAUUUGUACAAUUUAGUUUAUGAACGCUAUAAUUAAUUCCACAGCUAAGUUUCUUAAGGGCAAAGAAAGAUUGUUUAAGAGGAUUCUUCUAGUCCAAAUUACACUUAACCUUAUUGUAUUGAAAUAUUUAUCCGCCACUAUUAAAACUACAUGAAAGAAAUUGAAGAAUAUUUAAAAGUUGAGUCUAGCCACAACCUCAAAGUAAGACAAUCUAAAGAAUAAAUAUAACUCCAUAGAUUCCACCUUAAUCAGUAAGAGAACUAAAUAGAUUAUGAAUCUUAAGCAUAAAGUUAAAUUGUUUAAAAAUCUCCUUAAACAAUAUAAAAAGUGGUUGCAGUGAACUAAUAAUAAUUGCUUCCUCAAUAAAAUAUAAAUUAUGCUAAUAAUAGCAAUAACUAAGAUUUCUUUGAAUCUCCAGAAAUAAAUAACAUUCAAAAAAAGGCAAACAACCUUAACUAAUAAGCAAUUGAGUAAUUUUAACAACCAUUAUACCAAAAUAAUUAAAAUAUUAAUAGUGGAAUUGGAAAUAUACCAAAUAAUGCUUUAAUUACAAAUAACAAUAAUAAUAUGAAUUAGAAUUACAACUAAAAUAGCACUUCUUACUCUAAUAUUGGUAUUACAAACAACAAUUCUAACAUCCCUAACAAUGCUAUUCCAGGAAGCUUAUUAAACUUUAACAGCAACUAAAAUACUUAAGGAAAUAUUGCUUCUCACCAUUUGUCACCAAACUCUAGUGCUAAUACUUUCGAAGAAAAUCAAGAAGCAUAAUUACAAAUAAAUUUUCCCCCUUAGAUAUAAAGAUCAGGGUCAAUUUAAAUUAAUGCUCAAUCCACCUAGUAAAAUAAUAUGAAAAACUAAAUAUAUAUUCCUUAAAACAACUAAUAUUAGAUAUAGCUACCUCAAAUUGUUAAUAAAAAUUAAUAUGCUCAAACUACAACUCACUAGCAAUAAUAGCAAUAGAUUAAAUAAAAAUACUUAAAAGAAGAAAUGCUAAAUGCUUAAAGCUUUAAUCCUCGUGAAGGUAGGUAAGAUAACAAAGGAAUAAGUCACUCUCAAAGCUUUUCAAAUAUAUCUACCUAGGCUAUUUAAAAAGUUAAGCAAAGCUAGUCAAAGCACAGAUUACAUCACGCUGAAAAUUCCAAUGCUUAGGGAAUGUAUUCUUCGAAUCAGCAAUCUUAACCUAUCAAUAAAUCACAAACUUAGCAGUUAUCAUAUUUUAAUUAAUAAAAUCUUUCUUAAUAAAUAUAAUUUCAAAAUCCAAUGUAGCAUUAAUAGUAGUAAUAAAAUUCUAAUUUCUUCCAAUAAGGGUAAUAAUAAUAAAUAUCAUAAGUCAAUAAUUCAAAUUAUAUUUUCCCAUAAAAUAAUGCUAGUCAAAAUAUGCAAUAAACUCCUUAAAGUUUUCCAGGAAGAUAACUUAAUUAAAGAUAAUAAAAAUACUCUUAUGCUUCUGAAGAUACUUAGUAAAAUUAAUAAAGUAAUUUAAUCAAGUAGGGAAGCCACUUUAAGAAUUAAUCUAAUCACCAAGUAAAAUUAUCUUCUUCAUAAGAAUAAUAUACUAGUAAAACACCAAACAUUUAAGAUGAUUCUAAUAAUCCAUAUUAGCUUCCUUAACAAUAGUAAAGGUAACAACAGUAAAAUUAAUAACCUCAAUAUUAAUAACACGCUUCUCAUUCUACUUAAUUAGAAAACGAUAACUCUAUUCGAAAAAAUUCUUAAAAUAAUGGUUAAAGUAAUUACAAUGCAAUAAAUCCACCAUUUUUUAUCUAGCCUCUAGAUAACAAAAACGGAAACUAAUUUACUUAAGGCAUCAGUUAAUAAAAUCUUAAGUAAUAGUAGACAUAGAAUUAAUUUAUAAAGAGUUUAUCACCUCCAGGAAUUUAGAGUAGAAAAGAAACAGAUUAAGGUAAACAAAAAAAUUUAAUGAUUUCUCGUCCUCCAUCUUCAGGAUAAUAAACAAGGGUUUAAUUAACUCUUAAUGAAUAAGAUGUGUAAUAAUAAAUCUAAAAUCAAUAUACUUAGUAAAACACUAUGAUUUCACCAACUUACAGCCAAUAUAAUUAAAGUAAUAGCAAAAGAACUUCAGAUAAUUUUUAUGCUCCAUAAGAAACUGUUUAGUCUUCUUAACAGUAAUAAUCUUUAUCAAAUGUUAUACCUAGUGUUGCUACUAAUUAAACUAAUCAACAAUAAUAAAAUUAAAAACUUUCUUAAACUCCUUAACAGAAUCUGCAAUCAAAGCAAGAAGAAUUAAGUGCUGAACAGCUGAACCAAUAAUUUUAUCAGAGGUAGAAUAAAAAAGAAUAAUCAUAUUUUAAAGCACAGAACAAUUAGAAUAAGUAAGGGUCAUCUCAUAGUUUAUUAUCCCCAAACUCAUAAUAAGUAAUUAAAUUCUAAUUAUAAGAAUAAUCUAAUAAUGCUCCUACACCUAUGGUUAAUAAAUAAUAGCUUUAAAACCAAUAGUUAUAACAGUAAUAAACAUAAUAGUAAUCAUAACAACAACAAUAAUAAUAGUAAAAUUAUUAGAGUGUUAUAGCAUAAAAUAAUUAAUAAAGUUAGGUUAAUUCUAUUUAACCUUAAGUCAUAUAUUCAAAUCAAUAGCAACAAAAUUCUAAUAAUCUUAAUGCUCAAUAACAACAACAAUAGUAACUAUAAUAGUAACAGUUAUAACAGUAGUAGCAGUAACAAUUAUUACAACAACAACAAUAAUAAUAAUUGUAGUAGUCGUAGCAAUAAUAGCAAAUAUAACAGUAAUAGUAGUAAUUAAACUAAAAUAAUAUUUUAUCUUAGAAUAUACCUUAAACUCAAAAUGUUUAACAAAUAAUUGAAGUUUAAACUCAAUUUAUUUAAAGUUAAAGCCCUCCUCCUUAAAUUGGUUAGCAAAAAAUUCAGUAAUAGUAAUUUACGUAAAAUGAAAGAGUUGUUUAGUAGUAAUAGGCUACUGCAUAAGUUUAAUAAAAAUUAAUCUAAAAUAAUUAAUAAUUGAUUUAGAAUAGCUAAGCAUAAUAAUUAACUUAAUAAGCUAGCAAUUAAUAGCAACAAUAGCAAUAAAAUUAAUAAACAUUAUCAAUAAAUUAAUAGAAUUUACAAUAACAAUAGCAAAUUUAAUAACAAUAACUUAAUAAUAAUAAUAAUAAUAUAAAUAUGUAACAAUAACCUUAAUAGUAAUAAUAAACAAUGCUUGGCUAAAACACCUAAGUUACAAAUGUUAAUUAGCAGCAGUAAUAUCAAUUGUAAAAUCAAGUUUAGUAAUAAAUGACAAACUAAACUAAUGUUUAAACUAAUAAUGCCAAUAUUUAAAGAAGCUCACCAAUUAAAAUUGAGGAUGAGAUAAAAAAAAUAAUUCUUGAAAUUAAAUUAAAAUUAUAAAGACCUCAAGCAGUAAAGAUAGAUAGAGUUAAUCAUGAUAAAGUGAAGGAUGAAAAUGAAGUUAGACUUUUGUAAAGAAGUCUAAAGCUCUGUUCACCCUAAGAAUAAAUUUUAGAAAAUGGACAUUUUGGUAAUUACACAGAAUAAAUGAUUAAGAUUUUCUAAAAAUAACAUAAUCUAGCAUGUAAUGGCGCAAUCGAAAAUGAUCUUUGGAAAUCUAUUUCCAAUGAGCUAGAGAAUCAGCUGGCACAAAUUGAAAAUAAAGCAAAUCUGCAACAAUAAAAGGAUCAAAAUAAAAAGAAAUUAAUUAAAGAGAUUCAAAGUUAGCAAUCUAAAGAAACUAUGAAUAACUUUGAAAGUAAAAUGUUCAGCGAUUUUAGUCUAACAAAUAAUGAUUUGAAUUGA